AUGUCGUCCACGGCCAAACCAUCUCAGCCCCCCUUCGCGACAGCCCUCGUGGCCGGCGGCCUCGCUGGAACCACCGUCGACCUCUCGCUCUUUCCCCUCGACACACUCAAGACGCGGCUCCAGUCUGCCGCCGGAUUCUUCCCCUCGGGUGGCUUCAGCGGAAUCUACAGGGGCAUCGGGUCCGCGGUCGUGGGGUCAGCCCCCGGCGCCGCCUUCUUCUUCUGCACAUACGAGGGCGUCAAGAGCGCGCUAGCCUCACGGAGACGGCGGCAGCAGGACGAGCUGCUGCUCCUGUCGGGCGGUGACGGACUCCACGCGAAACAGCAGGGCGGUGGUAGCCGCUGGGUCGAGCCCGCCGAACACAUGAUUGCCGCGAGCUUGGGCGAGGUGGCCGCGUGCGCCAUCCGCGUGCCCACCGAGGUGGUCAAGCAGCGCGCGCAGGCCGGCCUCCACGGCGGCUCGAGCUCGGCAGCGUUGGGCGCGAUCCUGGGACAGUACAAGACAUCGGGGCUCGUCAGCGUCUGGAGGGAGCUGUACCGAGGCUGGGGAAUCACAGUCAUGCGCGAGGUGCCGUUCACCAUUAUACAGUUCCCGCUGUGGGAGGCGCUCAAGGCGUGGGGCCGGAGGAGAAAGGGCGACGACAGGCUCGAGGUCAGCGCGGCCGAGAGCGCUUUGUACGGAAGCAUUGCAGGUGCGGUGGCUGCCGCUACCACAACGCCUCUCGACGUGCUCAAGACGAGAAUCAUGCUAUCCAAGGAACGGAUAGGCGUCGUUCCCUUGUUGAGGAGCAUACUGAAGACUCACGGCGUACGGCCAUUCUUUGCCGGUAUUGGGCCCCGGGUUGGCUGGAUUAGUGUUGGUGGCGCCAUCUUUUUGGGAAGUUAUCAGUGGGCAGUAAAUGCACUGCAAGGGAAUAUACUAUAA